AGUAAAAUUCCGUGGAGUAUCUCGAAAAACUUGUGUGGUAGCCUCGAAGCGACGGCCGCGCGUACUAGACAUUGUGUUAUUGAUCAAUGAGAGAAGUUAAGCUUGAGACCCAUGCCGGUUGGGCCAGCUGUCAUUUUCCUGUGAAAUAUUUUUGUUACGCGAGUAAUAUACUUGAUGAAGAAGAAACUGUGUUUCGGUUGGAUAUCUCAAAGAAUCUAGUCGACGGGGCCGACUAGAUCGAUCUUUUUGGUUAGACGUAUAAAUGAAGAAAAGUUUAUGGGGAUGAGAGUUAAGAUAUCGACUGCGGUGUAAAAUGAUGGAAGAGUGUAAAGAAUAGAGGAGAGCGAAACGCGCCAAACUCUCUCGUCUCUCUUCUUUUUUGUACGGAGAAAAAGAACGUGGGAGAGAGAGAGAGAGAGGAGGAGGAGAGAGAGAAGAAAGAAAGAGAGAGAGAGAGAGAGAGAGAGACAAAGGGAGAAAAAGAACGAAAGAAUACGCGCGCGCGCGCGCUCAUCUUUAACUUAAUAACGAAACGAAACGGACGUAGAAAAGACGUACAGAGGGAGAAACGUAGAAAAGGGGCAAGAGGAGAAAGAGGAGGAAAAGGAGGAGGAGGAGAAGGAGAAGAAGAACAGGGUGAGAAAGUGCUAAGGGGGCGAGUAAUAUGAGGAAAGUAAGCGAACGGGCGUGCGUGAAGGAGAAAUAGACGCGAGUUUGAGAUUGAAUUUAAGAGAGAGAGAGAGAGAGUAAGAAAGAGAGAGAGAGAGAGAGAGAGAGAGGAGAGAGAGAAUGCGAACAUGUGUCGGUGCCGAGGAUCUUGUCUUCAAGAGUGUUGACAGCGAAGGUGCGUCGAAAAGAAUUGAUGAUCUUCUUUGCCUCGAUCUCUCAAUCCAGUUUUAAACUUUAAAAUUGACGUUUCCGACGUUAUCUUCUUUGGCGUAUGUAUAACAACCACCGAUGCAGACUUUACGGAAGAAAAACAGCCCGUGCAAGUUUAAGAACGAGCCAACACGGUUCCUCGGGGAAGGUGUUUCGUUCAAGGCGAAGCUGAUCGGCAUAUUGGAAGUGUCCGAAGCACGUGGCGAUCGAAUGUGUCAAGCAGCAUUGGCGGACUUGAAGAUGGCGAUUCGUGCAGCCGGCGAACAUAAGCAAAGGAUUGCUGUACAGGUCAGCAUCGAUGGGCUUCGUUUGAGGGAUGAAAAAACGAGUGAAUGUUUGUACCAUCAUCCCGUGCACAAGAUAUCUUUCAUCGCUCAAGACAUGAGCGAUUCCAGAGCAUUCGGUUAUAUAUUUGGCUCACCAGACACAGGACACAGAUUUUUUGGUAUCAAGACGGAUAAAGCAGCGAGUCAGGUGGUCAUAGCGAUGAGGGAUCUCUUUCAAGUCGUGUUCGAGCUGAAGAAGAAGGAAAUCGAAUUGGCGAAGCAACACAUCGAACAAAAUGCCAUAAACGCUAUCAAGUUCCAUACCGGCGGGAUGUUCGUCGAACCAGCGCCCGACACCAAAGGUGCAGCCGGAACCGAAUCGUCCGUUCAUCGAACUAGACUUGCAAACUCCGAGACGGAGAAGGCGGCCGACAGGAAGAACGAAAAUCAGAGUGGCGUCAUCGCCGACUUGCUGGAUCUGCAAUUCGAGUUGAAUUCGUUGCAACAGGGAAUACAUCAGAUGGACAAAAUAACACCGGAACAACCUGGGCCGGCCACGGACGACCUGUUCGAGAGCGAUCCGUUCGGCGAUUCUUUCGCGAACAUGAAAUUGAAAGAUACCGUACAACCCAUUCUGCCGCCGCCACCGUCCUCCUCGAAAAGAGGCCACCUGGAACGGCAGCAAACCGUGCCAGCUCCGUCGGCUACGUCUAGUCCAGCCGCGACGUUGUACAGCAAAACGCCACCUCCUCAGGAGACGAUGCAUUGGUUCGACAAGGAAACGGAAAAUCUUUUCAACGACGGAGAGCUGACGAAUCCAGCGAAAACUGCCGCGGUUAGGAAAGAUCAGGACGAAGCGAGUACCUCGUUGAACGCAACCCCGAGGAGUAGCCAAGCCAAAAGUCCGCAGAUAGACGUAUUCACGGAACUGGAUCCCCUAGGGACUGGUCUGAUAAAGCCCUACGUCGAUAAGAAAGACUUCUUCCAACAUCUGAAAAAUCCUCCAAAAAAGGUGCUUAAAGAUUUAGUAACGACCAAUUCGACGGAUACGUUUCCAACGAAUUUCAAUCUAACGUCGGAUACCCCGUCGGGCUCUAUAAAAUUACAGAAUGAUUUACCUUUGAAGGAAAGCGAUCGCCACGAAGAGGGCAAUUUCGCGAAUUUCGAUCGAUUCGAUGAGAACGAGGCCACGCAGUCGUCCAUCCUUCCGAGGUCCGACUCGCCCCAAAAGAAAGAUAUCGUAUCGAGGCCGACUCAUCACCAACCGUUGUCGGUGUCCCUCCCGCCCGAGGAGACGCCUACCAAGGGCACGCUCGCUGGGAUAUCCUCCGUAACCGCUCCAGCCGCCGUCGGCGGAACGACGAGCGUUGCCGGCAGAGCAGACAAGGAUUCUAACGAGUCUGUUCAGGCGUUGGUCAGAUUGCCAAGCCCAAAGAAAUAUCUGCAAUCGGUCAGAAAACGCGAAUUCGAUAUGGAUUUGCCGAGCGGCAAGUCGCAGUCCAUGGAGAAACCAUUCCCGGUAGAUUUCUCUGCCACGAGCGAUUCACCGGCGUCGCCCUUGAGAUCCUGCUCCUCCGACGCGAACUCGAGAUUGUCCAGUUCCAGCGCGGAGCUGGAUCUCGUUCCUGAACCACCGCCAAGGGGCGCCGGGAGUAUAAUGAUCAAUCCGCCGCCCUUGCCACCGAAGAAGCAAGCCGCCAGAGGGGCCAUCAAACCACCGCCCAGACCGCCUUACACCGAAGGUCACUUUCACUACGACUUCAUCGAGCGCGAGGAGGCUUCGCCGUCUCCGACGAGGACCAGAGAGAGAACGAAAAGUCCGCCGAGGGACGCGAAGGGCCAGUUCGACGAUAACUUCAGUCCACCGUCGCAAGCGUCAGCCAGGACGGACUUGAUAUCCACCAUGACGACCUCCACCUUCGAGGAUUCGUUCAGUUCGAUGAUACCCGCGACGAAUUUGUCAACGUUCUUCGCUUCGAGCGGCGGCACGCCCGCCGCGACGAGGAGACCGAAACCCUCGCUGGACAUCACCCUGAGUCAAUUAACUUCGGCGAACUUGGACGAGUUGGCGGGCAGCCUUGGCAUGACCGUGCAGGAACUAACGAGCUUGACGUUGCAACAGCUCACCGAAUGUCUCGCCAAUCUCUCGAGCAAAGAGUCGGCGACAGAGGCGAAGGAAGAGGAGACGGCUCGACCGAGACUGGAGCAAUUCGCGACGAAACCGUGCGCGUCCGCGUGUAAAAUCACGGAAACCAGUUUCGUCAGCAGCGAGCCACUUUUCAAAGCGAACUUCGAUCCGGAACCGACGAGGAAGCAGGAGGAACCGACGUACGACAAGUACGCCGUGUUUCGAGAAUUGCUCGAGAUGGAACGGAUGCAGGAGGAGGAGGAGGAGGAGGAGGAGGAGGAGGAGGAGGAACCGAGAGAGGAGGCGAACGACGAGGAGGUCGCGACGGAUACCGAAAGCAAAGAACCGGAGGAACGAAAAGAAUCGGAGGAGGACGAGGCGCGAGGCGAACUCACGGCCGAAGCUAUCGUAGCUAUGGCGAACUUGACCGUCAAGUUACCACCGAGUACCGAGGAAUUGGCGAGGGAAGAUUCGAGGGUGGUGGAGAUCGAGGAAAGGAACGGAAUCGAGACGGACAGGGCGAUCGGCGCGACGGCGGAAGCUAUCGAGGAAACGAGGGACGACGCGAUCGAGAUAUCGACGAAGUCGCAGCCGUGCCGAGGAAAGAUGGAACUGGAGAUAGAGCUAGAGACCGAGGCGGACAUCGAAGAAGAUACGACGGAAGAUAGGACCGCGGCGGGUAGUCGGGACAGAGGAGAGACUUCGUCGGAUAAGGGCAGCGAGGCGAACGUCGCGCCGGAGAGCACGGAGGACGUCGGUCGGUCCUCCGUCGCGGAGAAAGCCGAGGCGAGAUCCUCGACGUCGACGUCGAGCGACAGAUACGCGGCGUUGAGGGAGAUAAUAGGCGAGGCGGAAAGAUUAGGCAAGCAGAGCGAGGAGGAGCCGUGCUCUAUCAGACGAGAGUCCCCGGUAGUGGUGGUACAGCAGGCGUCGUCGACUAAGAACUUGGCGGAGGCCGAACUCUUGAGUUUGUUCUCGGACAGUUUGCCGGGCGUACCGCCGAGCCCUAAGAGGUCCCUUAAGAAGAAGGAGGACGAUCUGAAGAGCGUCGCCAUGGAUAUUUUCGAGGAAAUAAAAAUGCUCAACACCGGGACGCAUAAGGCGAAAGAGGUGAAAGCUAUCGCCGGCAUCGCCGGAUUCGAGGACGUGUUUUGUCCCUUCGCCGAGGAGGUUGCCAAGGACGACGGUCGAGAAGAGGGGAAGGAGGAAGAGGGCAAUUGGGCCAAGUUCGAAACGAGCGUGCUAGCUGGCUCGGACAGAUCGUCUUGCGAAGGGGCGCGCUCCGUGGGUGGUACGUCGCCUUGGUCGCCCGACGGCAAGGACUUCCAUCGCGACGUACCGCCUUUCAAAUCCGUCGCCUCUACCAGCGGGGUUCACAGACAUUCCGGCGACAGCGACAACGAAUGGAAGGACGAGGAGGAGAGCGAGGAAAGUAACGGCAGGGGACGUCCGGAGGGGAGAUUCUGGUGCGGAAGGCAUCCGAGAUUCGACGCGGCCGAGUUCGACGAGAGGUCGUUCUACGAGGAGGCCUCGGCCUCGCUGGACAACAGAUCGGACAAAAGGGAUCGAAGCUUCCGCGGCCGGGCGGUCAGGAAGUCGCGCGGUCCGUGGGCCAAGAACGUCGGACACAGACCGCGAGACCCCUCGCGCUGGCACGAGAAACCCCAAUGGGAGGAGGUGCCGAGGCGUUAUCCCCAUCGAAAGUUACCUUACAAGGAGAACGACGAUCGCUACGACGUGCACGAUCACUUGUCGCGAUUUUGGAAGUGCAGGCCAAAGUCCCAACGAUGGAAUUGGAUGCCCGACGAUGCUUAUUACGACGAGGAGCGCAGAAGAAAGAUGACGGAGAGAAAGUUGACGUUGCUGUGGAACGAGGAGGACAGAUUCGGCAGCGAGGAGAGCGUUGGCUUCGAGGAGGACGAUAGAUGGGCCAAACGUAAAUACGAGAGGAGACGGUGGGACGAGGAGUACGGCAGAUACUGGAACAGGCGGAGUAGUCCUCCCUUGGACGGCGAGUACCCGUCCAAGGAAGGUUACUACUACUAUCGGGAGAGGCCUCACGACUACGCCAGCGGGGCGUGGGACGAGGAGUACGGUCCGGAACGUGCCGGGGACGAAUCAGGCAGAUACAACACGGCCGGUAGGAAGAGACAUUGGCCGAAGAGGCCGAACAGUGCCAACGAGGGUCGUAAUACCGCCGAGUACGGCGAAAUGGUGUAUGCCGACGCGAGGAGCAAGUUCGGUACGUCUAGAUCGGAAUGCAGCGACAACGAUUCGGACCCUUACUUGAGGCCGUCGCAGAGGUCGAGGAGUCGCGAAAGUUAUUGGGGCAGCGAUCAGGAGUACGACAGUUGGCCGGAGAGACCGUAUUGGUCGGAAGGUCCGGACGUCAAGAGCGAGACGUUGCAUCGUAAGAGAGUAGCGAGGCACAAGGCCGCCGCGCGACAAGCGGUACAGGCUAAAACGCAGAGCCCUUUCGAGGAUGAUUUUGCGCAAAGUGUCGAGCAGGUCGAGUCACCGGCCAGCGAAACCUUGCCGUCGGCCGAGCCGCGCGUUCGUCCGGAGAUCGGCGAAUCGAAAAGGGGAGAAUCGAUCGAACGACCUCCUCCGAGUCCUUCCGCGGCUCCGAGUCGAUUGUCGAUGACCAAGGAAACGCAUCCACGCAGGGAGCUGCCACGGGAAUACAACAAGCGGUCGACCUUCUUCGAAGACGAUUUAACGCCGACCGCUAGCGUCUCGACCAGCGACGCGUCCGACCGGCGAAGAUUGUCGUCGGACCUGAAGGCGACACCCGAACUUGAAAUUCCACCCGACGCGAAGGAUUCCCACAGGUCGAUAGACGGUUUCGUUUCGGAGGACAGUGGUCGAGAUUCCUUCUUCAACGGUGAUCUUAGGUUCGACGACGACGACGCUUUCGCCUUCAAGUCCGAAUUGGAGGACAGCGUGCCCGAACGUUGUACCACUACCUUGCCAUUGAAAAACGCCAGGCAAAACAAAUACGCUGCCUCGAACAGUAACAACAAAGGUAGACCAUCCGAUCAAUAUAUAAGAAAAUCCGAGUCGGUGAACAUCUUCAUACGCGAGGAAGAUCCGUUCGACGACGACGACUUUUUCAAUUGACUCGCGGCCAAUCGCGAAUCCGCGCGUUCGUCGAAAUCGGACUAUCGAUCUCUCAAAUGAGUGGAAUCCGUACGUAGCGAUUCUUUAUUUCUUACACUUUCUUUUUACGAAGCCGCCACGUGUCGUCGCGUCGUCCUUUUCGCUCUCGCGUUUACAAAGGAUGCGCGUGUUUUCUAAGCUUUGCUACUCGAGAAGCCUUGUGGACGUCUCUGUUCUGAAAUUAUUUCCCUCUUUCUCUCUCUCUCUCUCUCUCUCUCUCUCUCUCUCUCUCUCUCUCUCUCUCUCUCAUUCUCGCGCGCGCACUCGUUAGCACGAGAACGAGAUACUCGCUUCGCGUAAAAACAUUUAUAAAACGCUAUUAAGCUUUCAGAAUGAAGAGGACGAUUUGAGAAAAGAGAUUAGGUGCUUGGAUAGAUUUUUAGAUUUUUUUCAUAUUUUUAUCCCGUGAAUUUUAUGUUUAAUUUUAUUGAUCGCACGCGUACCAUUCGGACUUCCGUCUAUUGAAAUAUUAUUUAAUUACGAGACUGACGAACGUCAUAAAUGGUGUAUUUAAUUGUAGCAGAUGAGAGAAAUCGGGUCGAAAUGGGAUUUUCGAGGAGGAUGGGCAUAUGUGCGUAGGUAUAAUUAUUUAUCAAUGUUCGAUUCCAGUGUUAUUAGCAAUAAGCCGAUAUUGUAUUUAAAACGGGUCGAGGUUGUACUGACCGUAACUGCGUUAUCUUAACGCAGUUAUGAUUUCGACUGAUCUAUUUCGAUUUCGACACGAUUUUGAUGAGAAACCAUUUCAAUGAGAAACGAUUUCGAUGAGAAAUGAUUUGUUGCUAAUGCGUUCUCGAAUGGAUUUAAUAUAAUUGCGCAUAUAACCAGAAUUUCGCUUCACGAGAGGAAUCAAGGAUGCAGAAAUCAAAGGUAGAAACUCGGAUAUGGAAUUUGAUUGCGCACAUUGGAAAUCCUAUUCUCUCUUUCUUUCUCCUUCUCAUUUGUUUCUAUUUCUUUUUCCUUUUCUUUUUUCUCUUUUCCAAAAAUGUUUUAUCUCAAGUGAUACGCAUCGAGAGUGAAUCGAGAUAUUGCGUUUUUUCUAUAGGUAGGCGUGUGAAUGAUGUGUGAUAAAAGAAUGCUUGUCAGGAGAGCAAGAUGAUAAUAAAAAAGAAAAUAAACGACCUCUACCAUCGAUAUGUUCGAGCACGCACGAAGUGGAUCAAAAUUUCCUAGAUGAGUCAAACGAUACCAGAUUUGAUUUUUAAAAUUCGAUCACUCUUUUGCGAGACCUUUUAGACCAAUUUUCCCUUUUACUCGAAACUACGAGAUCAGUUUGCGAAGCUACGAGCUUAACUACGAAUCUGAAGAGUUCUGAUAAAAAAGAGUUAUCGAUUUUUAAAGUCACCUAGGAAGUUUUGCCUCGUCUCGGAAAAUUCCGGCGAUAGCCUGUAUGACUCGAAUACGCAACAACUGGAAAAUAAUAUUUCGCAAAUCAUACGAUUAUAAAAAAUAUCAUUGUAACGUUUACCAAUGAGAGAAUAUCAACCCGAUGACCCAGUUUAUCUUCCAUAUCUAUAUGUAAAUUGGUAACAAUCGUUCGAAUCGAGAAAGGAUGCUAAUGCUGUUUGCAUUAUUUAUUUAUUUAUUCAUUUGCUUAUUUAUUCAUUUAUUUAUUUAUUUAUUUCACGUUGCGCUCGCUUUUGUAUUUAUCAAAAUAAAUGCAUAAAUAUAGGUCAACCGUAUCGAUGGAAAAAGAUAUCCACGAGAAAUUAUUCAAAAGUUAAUUAGGAAAUAUCUCGUACUUGUCACAAUCGUAUCAAAUUGUCAACAUUCGUUUCUUUGUUACGAUAGCGAACGAAUAGGAUGCGGGUAUUCUCGCAUGUAAUUAUUCCAUAUGUGAAUUAGAGAAAAGAGAUGGAAUGAAUUGUGAAGUAUAUACAUACAUAUUAUAUUCAUAGAUAGAAUUCGAAACGCGAAAAGACAACAAAAGAAUUUAAUUCGAUGGCAAAAUUUGUUCAUUUCGACAUGAAAAAAAUGUUCCCUUUUUUUUUUUUGACUACAAAUAAAAAUUGAUUUCUUAUAAUUGUUGCGAAAUGGAGGGAAAAAAAAAAAUAUGUCGUUUAGUACGUUUACGUCGGUAUUGCUAUUUGCGUUUCCCUUUGUUUCCGGUAGCGGCAUUCAUAUUGGAUGCUUUAUUUCAUUAUAUUUUUCGAUUGAUAAACGUUAAAUUUCCAUUAUUGAGACUUUAACUGUCUGGCAAUCUUUUCAACUUACUAAACGAACUAAAAUUUGGUAACACGCUCUCUCUGGCGGAAAAUUCAAGUGUACACCUAUGUAACAGUCGAGUCCGAGACACCGGUGUGAACGUUAUAUAAAAGUGAGUUGUCCGCGAUAAAUUUUAUACCCUUCGACGUAAACGAGAAGAGCGAUUAAUCUUUUGCGAAGCUAAGUAGGUAAGUAAUUAAUUCAUUCAGCGUUUAAGAGGGACGAAUUAUAAAACGUUGAGCAAAAAUAUUCUCGAAUUUGUUUCGAACGAACGUAAUCCAUCUUUGUCGUUAUCGUAAAUGAUUAUGGAAUGAUUCUUUUUCUUUGUUAUGGUAUGGAACAGUGGAGUGACGGUACAAUAAACCAUUACCGUAUGCCAAUGGAA